GAAAUUAACGAAAUGACAAGUUGAGAAGUUUAUUUCUUCAUGAAUAUGGCGCAAUGCCGUUCUUGAAAGCACAGAGAGUCACGUGGUGCCAACAACGAAUAGAAGCUUGCAAACGAAAUGGCUGGCGACACGCUAUAUACUUUCCCGAGAGGAAACGUAUUACUAAAGCGUAUUAUAAGGGCGAAUGGAGAAAUAAUAAGAGAGAGGGCAAAGGCAUAGGAGUUAACAGUUACGGUUGGAUAUAUGAAGGCGACUGGUGUAACGACCACAAACACGGUUACGGUGUCCUCAGUAAAAUUACGCAAGACGGCGACGUGCGCAAGGUGUAUGCUGGCAACUGGGCGAAGGGAAGGAAGCACGGAUUCGGAAGUAAUUGGUACAAGGACGGCAGUUACUAUGAAGGCGCAUUUCGAGAUAACAAGCGGAAUGGUUACGGCCGGGUUUGGUACAAAUGCGGCAGCGGAUAUUACCAGGGCAUGUGGCUGAACGAUCGUUACCAUGGAGAAGGGAUAUUCAUUCAAGAAAACGGCAAUCUUUACGAGGGUCACUUUACAAAUGGCAAGAAGGAAGGUCGAGGUGUUUUCUACCAUUUAGAGAGACGUCAAGUACAGGAAGGUUGUUGGGAGAAUGACGUCUGCGUGAACAGCACGAUAGAAGACAUCCGACAGCCAGCUUUAUAUCCGAUAUUGCACAUUCCGAGGAUAAACAGUCGAGCAGCGAUAUACUUAUAAGUGCAUUCAUUGCGUCACGUUUCGUUUUCUCUUCUCAGAUCAAUUUGGACAUAAUGGUUUCAAUGGUCUUUCUCGCGUUCGCGGCAAAUGGAAAAUAUAAUGCGUGCAUGUGAUUUCUACGUAUAAUUUUUUUAUUUUAGUAAAGAAAAUUAAUAAAGAGAAUUUAUUUUUAAUUUUGAUUUUGGCGAUCAGCGCAUUUCACGCGCCAAAAUGAUAUAUACAAAUAAUAAUCGGGUAUAUACAUGAUGUCCCACCCAACAUAUCUCUUUCAUCUUUGCAGGGUAAGCACAAAUCCCGCUCCAAACUAUACUUUUGUAUGAACGUAUUUUUGAUUCGAUCUUAUCCUACAAAGAUGGUAGCACGUAUAGCUUCAGGCCCAGGAUGGUCGAAUCACGAUUUGAAGAUCCGGAUUCGAUUCCAUAUGUGCUCCACUUCCAUUCGAUAUAUACCUCAUCUGAUAUGAAUAAUCUGCUUAAACAGGAAUAAUUAACAAUUUGAAAAAGCUUAAGGCCAUGGCGUUCUGACGAGCUUCAUCUCGAAGCUUUACUACUUUAAGUUGAUUCGAGAUAAAAUUUGUGAUAUAUACUAAGUGUGUGUCCCUCAGAAGGAUAAACACUAUUAUCAUUGCACGGUACUAUGGCCCUAUACAGUAUA